AUGCCUUCCCGUUUCACGGCCGUUGGUGCCUUUCUAGCUGGGUUCGUCACACUAGCGGGGGCAAUUCGCCCUAUAGGGUCGUCAUUUGGAAUCCCCGGAAAGAAUGCGACGUUUGACUACAUCGUCGUCGGCGGGGGCAACGCCGGGUUGACCAUAGCUGCGCGUCUGGCGGAAGGACAAAGUGGCAGCGUCGCCGUGGUCGAGGCCGGCACGUUCUACGAGAUCGGCAACGGAAAUCAGAGCCAGGUGCCAGGGCUAGACAAUAACUACAUCUCCAAAGACCCAGAUGACUGGCAACCUCUCGUCGACUGGGGAUAUGUGACUAGUCCGCAAAAGGACGCACUCAAUGUUGAAAUGCACUAUGCACGUGGCAAAUGCCUGGACGGCUCGUCAGCGAGAAACUACAUGAUUUACCAGCGCGGCACCAACGCGUCGUAUCAGCGAUGGGCCGAUCUGGUGGGCGAUGAGAGCUACACGUUCGACCGUCUGCUACCAUACUUUGAGCGCAGCAUCUGCUUCACGCCGCCCAACGCGGCGCUGCGCUUCGCUAACUCCAGCCCGCCGUACGACGCCUCGGUCAUGGGCGACUGCCAGGGCCCGCUGUCGCUAUCCUAUCCCAACUAUGCGUUUUCGUUUGCGUCGUGGGCCACCGAAGGCCUGCGCGCCCUGGGAAUCCAGCCCAUCGACGGCUUUCUGAGCGGCGCUCUCCUCGGCCAGUCGUACGUCGUGUCCACCAUCAACGCUACGACCAUGACCCGAGACUCGUCCGAGACGUCCUUUCUGCUCAGGGUGCUGGAUUACCCCAACUUUGCCGUGUAUCCGCUGACCAUGGCGAAGAAGAUAAUCUUCAGCCCGGACAAAAACACGAAUAGAAAGAAAGCUUCCGGAGUCGUGGUUGACACCCAAGGCGACCAGUACGUGCUCACGGCCACCAAAGAGGUCAUUGUGUCAGCGGGCGCGUUUGCCUCGCCGCAGCUGCUAAUGGUGUCGGGUGUAGGGCCGGCUGCGCAUCUGGAGAAGCUUGGCAUCCCCGUCGUUGCGAACAGGCCCGGUGUGGGCCAGAACAUGCAGGACCACGUAUACUUUGGCCCGUCGUACCGGGUCCAGGGCGAGACUACGUCGUCGCUAGCCAAUGCCACCUUUGCCGCCGAAGCCAGUCGUCAGUUUCAGGAGCAUGCGUCGGGCAUGCUGACCAACCCGUCCAACGACGUGCUGGGCUGGGAGAAGUUUCCGGAGCCCCUGCGCAACAGCACGCUGUCCACGGAGGCACGCCGCACCCUGGACCGGUAUCCGGCCGACUGGCCCGAGGUCGAGUACCUGGCCAUCGCCGGCUAUCUCGGUUACCAGAACGUGUCCGGCGGCAGCGACCCGCACGACGGCUUCGACUACGUGACCAUGGGCGUGGCGCUGGGCAUGCCGCAGUCGCGCGGCAGCGUCACCCUCGCGUCGGCCGACAAUGCCAUGCGGCCCAUCAUCGACCCGCGGUACUUCUCCAACCGAAUCGACGUUGAGGUGGCCGUGGCCGGAUACAAGCGCGCGCGCGAGUUCUUCCACACCGCUGCCGUCCGCCCGUUCCUGCUCGACGGCCAAGAGGCCUUCCCCGGUUCCAGCGUUUCUUCCACCGACGCCGAGCUCGAGCAGAUCAUCAAGGAGACCUUCCUGACCAUCUUCCAUGCGCGUGCACCUGUUCGAUGGGGCGGCCGGAUGACCCAAUGA